AUGCUGAAGUUUUGCUGGUCGCAAACACCUCACUAUCAAGAUGGUCCGUGGUCGUGGCUCGUCUGUUUUGCCGCCACGAUGUCCUGGAUGGCCGCCGUAGGUUUUGUCUUCAGUUUUGGCGUGUUCUUUCCAGUUUUUAUGGAACACUUCAACGAAGAUCGAGAGCGCACCGGUAUGUAUAUGCAGACGCCGUUCUCGUUAAUUCUGGUGUUUAUAACUAGUGUGUUAGCCGUGUUUUCAGCAGUGUUAUAAGGUCUUUAUUAGCCCGUGUAAAGGCAUGUUUUCUAAUCACAUGGAAAAUUUGCAGUCCUGCUUCCCGGGUGCAUGGCCUCACGAUACUAUGAUCCCAGCUACCGAGACUAGCUUGAUUUUUGUUACGUUUUUCAACGAGCCGCCUCCCGAGAACUUGGCAAAACGAGCCAGCCUUGCAAACCUGAAUCAAUAUUAUCAAUUAACCUCUACUGAGGGAAUCAAGCAACUCUUGUGUCCCUCUAUAGUACUUUAGUAAUUUAAAUUUUGUAUCACUCUUUUAAGACGAUAAGGUAUUGAGAUGAAACCUAAAACAGAUAAUGUCACUUAUUGCGUUUGUGUUUUCGACUGAUUGUUGAUUAUAAUCAUAACCUUUACCUUAAGCUAAGUAUCCCAUAAACGCCACCAUUUUCCGUUAAUUCCACUUUGUGACACUCAUCAACCAAUUUGAUCUUUCAUUAAAUAACUUGGUUUCCAACGAAUAUUGUUUGUGUUCAGUGAAGUGUUUGUUUUCUGAUCAACUGAAAUAUGUGGAAACGAACACAACAUCCGAGAACAUCAACACAAAAAAUAAAGGUCAGCUUUUCUCUGUUUCUGUGCUUCCUGGAAAAUGUAGAGAAUGAAGACACAUUGUAAUUCCUUGCUGUGACUGCGUUUCUUUCCUACUUCCAAGUACAAAUUUACAAUUUGAACAAAACAUCGGUAUGCCAAUAACAAAUAGAUCCUUUGUUAUUCUCACAAAAGCAAAAGCUACAUUUAAAGUUCGCGAAAACACAAAUGGGUUAAUGAUAUGCGUCGGGCAUGCCGCGUGAUGUUUUGCCCGACUUUAUUACUUAAGAAGAACCAAAUCGAACGUUUUAUUAAGGGAAGCAAAAAUAAAUUUAAAAUAUCGUCACCGUUUUAAGGCCCACAAGGUAGAAAUGAUAGCCUCUAAAGGCAAAUCGAAAACGUGAGCUGUUUUCAUGGGGUUGUUUUACCUUUUUAUGAUUACCGAUUCUCAUUUAUUAAGGAGAGAAUUAUAAAGAAAAUCCAGUUGUAUUUUCAGUUUUGGCGGAAUCACUGCUACAGCACGAAAAAGUGCAACCUAAGGUUAAAUAAAGGGCAAAGAUGGUAAAUUCCGUAUUUGCCCUCAAAUUUACAACCUCAUGUAAACUGUCAAGCAAAUGCGGCAUUUAUAUUACCAUCUUUGCUUUUGAUUUCCCCCUCGUCUGCACUUUUUUGCACCGUAUUUGCACCGAGUAAAUCUGUGUAAAUCCAAUUGUCGAGCUAGAUAUAUGCUAACAAGCAUUUUAGUAACCUGUUCCUUGCCCUCGGAAAGUGAGAACACUGAGUCGAAAGAAAACUGUGGGCAUGAAAAAGCAGAUAUGAAAGGGUGGGGGUAGAGAGAGAAGGAAAAAUUUAAAAGUUAUGUUCAGUCAUUUAUGCUAACGUAACAUUUACACAUUUUAUUUCAUUUUAUUUUUUGUAGCCUGGGUUGGUUCUCUUUCUAUUGCUCUUGUGUUUUUCACUGGACCUGUUUCCGGAAUCCUGGUCAAUAAGCUCGGUUGCAGGAUAACAAAUAUACUUGGUGGUCUAAUUUGUGCUGCAAGCCUAGCAAUCGCCUCCAUGUCGGAACGACUCGUGACGUUAUAUCUUUCGUACAGCAGUUUCUUUGGUAUCGGAGUCAGUUUUGUUUUUAACGCCGGCCUUGUCAUUGUCAGCAAUUAUUUCAGCAGACAAAGAUCUUUGGCUCUCGGUUUCGUGUCGGCUGGUCAGGGGCUUGGGGUGUUAGCUCAAGGACCACUCCUACAAACGAUUAUAGACAAGUAUGACUGGAAGACAACCUACAGAAUAAUGGCUGGGGUUAUAUUUGCAAUAUGUUUGCUUGGAAUCACCUUCGAUCCUAAUGUGAAGUCUAAUGAAGAAGAGAAGAACACUGACCCAGGAGGUCCCGAGCAGUCGACCUUAUCUCCCGACGAUGCCAAGGUGAAUCUGAGGAAACGAAGACGACGGCGAACAUUUGUUGAUUUAUCAGUUUGGAAAGUACCUACUUUCGUUGCGUUAACUUUGUCUUCUUCCAUUGCACAGUUUGGACACUUUGUGCCUCAAAUUCACCUGGUAAUUUUACUAUUUUUCUGCCUUAGUAAUUCAGUCGAACUAUUUUUUCCUCUUUAGUUUGUAAAAUUCCCUUGUAGAGAAAAAAAAGCGAUUAAGAUCUAAAACCGUGACCGUACUGCUUGUAUCAAUAGCUCUGCAUAUUCCUCAACGGAUGAUAUCGUGGACGGUGAAAGCUACUGGCAUGCGACUAAAGGUCUUGUUUCAAAGGGUCAGUGUCUUGAGAUUUGUUGAUCAUUUUUAAAAAUAGUGAGGAGGACUACUCAUCUGAAUGCGCGAGGAAAACGGUAGCUUUAGUUAAGGGAACGGAGUUCAAGUAGUAAGGAGAGUUUCAAGUGAAAAUGAGGAGCGGAAGCUUAUAGUCGAAGGAGCUGUGAAUGAAUCCUCUGCAACAGAAGAGGAAGCAAUUCUCACUUGACUCGAAUAUCAAACUAGAACUUUCAGCCAAUUACCCAAAAUAACUGAAUUUUACUUUGAUUCCCUUCUAGAUAAGCAAUUAAGUCGAACAAUUUUUUGUUCCGUUGUGAGUUUGAUAUAGGGAUUCUUCUGUAUCAUUUUAAACCCGGAACGAGUUUUAAACAGGCUAGGGACCAAGGAGGCAAAAUGCUCGGAGCAGAAAUACAAGAUGGGGGAGAGAGAUUGUGUAUAUUGUGAUUUGUUUUUUUUAGGUACGAUUCUGUGAGGACCUUGGCAUAACUGCUGACAUGGCGUCCAAGUUGUACAUUUACUACGGAUUAUCAUCAGCCAUUGCACGUGUCCUAGCAGGCCGCUUAUGUGACAUCCGAGGAAUAAAUCCUGUUUACCUUUAUCAAUCAGCCGAGUUUGUUGUCGGUCUAUCGACGAUACUUGUUACCCUGGCAAAUGAUUACACAGCUAUGAUAGCAUUUGUAGUCAUCUACGGAUUUUGCGACGGAACAUUCAUCACAACCCUGAAUAUUAUUCUUCUGACGAGUGUAGAUUCAUCAAAACGGGCAGCUGCCCUUGGGUGGAACAUGCAGUUUACAACAAUUUUUAUGGCCAGUGGUCCACCUCUUGCUGGUAGGUUUUUUUGCCCCGGAGUAAAGGAAGCGUUCCCUGCAACAAACUCAAGUAGCUAAAGGCCUGGGUUACAGAUUUUUCAGAUUUUUUAAAGCGGUGGUGGAAUAACGUAUUAAAGUAUUUUCAAGAUAUCCCAUGACUAAGGCCAAUCUUAACCAAGAUAUCCUCCAAUUUCAUUUAAAAUUUUUUAUAACUGCAUCACGUGACCAACCAAGCCCUGUUUUAUCGAGAAAUCCUGUGAGUCGAAAUUCCGACCAGAUAGAAAGCAAACCGUUUCCCUUAGUAGGUCCAAAAAGUGGCUACUAAUAGUCUUCUCGUAAAAACAGUCGGAAUGAGGCGAGGUCAAUAAACGUCUUUCUCCCGUCAAAAAUUUUAGUUAGGGGAAGACUGGCAGUAGUCAAUAAACGCCAAUUGCACCUGCCAGUUAGAAUGCUUCGAACUAUUUCGAGCUGAUUUCGUAGACAAUUUGUAGGGACAUUGUUUUGAUACAGAGAAACUGGAGCCACUCGUUUGGCAAGUGGUGGGAAUCGUUGGUUACAAUUUUCAAACAAUGGAGGGCGUGGUCAAUCACGUGACCAAAUAAGUUAGUUUUUUGAAAGUUUAGUUUACUUUACCACAUAUCAUUCCUCGUGGAUGUCUUUAACCAUAGUUUUUAGAAACUAUACAUAAAAACCAUAAAUGACUUAGAUCCACGCCUUAAUCUACUUGAGGAUAUUUUUUAAUUCUCGCUUUCUUUGAACAUUUGUCUCGCCAAAACUGGCCACCAAGCACGCCGAAACUUUAUUAAAAGUUUCGGUGCGUUUGCUGGUCGGUUGCAUUCCGUAUGUUAGCUGGUAACCGAAUGUUUAGGGAAACGUUUACCGACCUCAUGUAAGUAAUAUAUAGAUUUAGCCAAGGUUAAAAGCGAAGCUCUCGAUAAUUUUAAUAGUUUGCUCAAACAAAAUAUAAAAUCGUGUAAUGCUAAGCGGCGAAGGCAACGAGAACGGUAAAAAAAAACAACAACAAUAGGUCUAAUUAGCAAAAAAGCUACUUUGCACGCGCAGCAGACUUUUUUUGUACAUUUCUUUGCCGUUGUGUUGCACGACUGUUACGUGAAACUCCCACAAACGUCCUUCCUAGUUACACGUUUUAUGGAGGGAAUGUCGGACGUGUUCUUGUUCAUUCUUUUUUCACUGUCGCUCAUUUUCACCCUGGUGGCCGCUAGCAUCCCGCCGCCACAAAAUUUAAUUUUGUUCCUCCAACAGAAAAUGUCUCCUUUUUUUUUCUCUCUCUCGCUCUAGCUCCUUUUCUCGUUGAACCUUCGCUGGCCUGUCGCCUACGUUCUCUUUUUCUCUGUCUUUCUCUUUCUCUAUAUUCCAAAUUUGUGGACAUGACAAUUAAUCUAAGCUUAGGCUAGGCACACGGAUACAGAAACAUUUUCCGCUUUCUGUUUUCGUGUUAUUGACUCUUUAGUUGUGUCUGCUUCACAAGACGCCGGUAGCCAGACGCUUUCCCGCCAAAAUAACCUGACAUUUGGCAUCGGCUUACAUGUAGUGGGUGUACAGACGGUCGUUCGUACGCUACGUCAUAACCAAAUUUUCCCGGAUGGAUAGUUGACCAAAUUUCCUUACCCAUGGUGCUCCGCUGACGUGCUUCGCGCGCGAGAACCCCGCUAUCAAGCAAGCCAAUGCUAUAGAUAACUGUCAGAUCUCCCUUAACGGACAUCUCUAUGAGACGGGCUCCUCGCGUUGGUCCUAAUACCUUUCUUUAUAACUUUUAGUUUACUCUCUGUAAUGUACCCUUAAAGUUGGCCCCGCCUUUCUCUUCUCCUUUUAGUUAAUUCUUAAUAAGAAGGGCAUCUCUCUAAGACGGAUACACAGUGUCGGUCCCAAAGAUGUCCGCCUUCGAAGGAGUUGGCUUUCGAAUUCAGAGUCAUACCCUAAGGCCUAAUGGUUGACAAAUUUAGCUUAUAUGAUACCGUGCCCUUUGAAUGGCUAAAAUUAAGAAUCUUUUCUGCUGGCCCUAUUGUUGACGUUGUUGUUGUUGUUCUAGUAACAAAAAGCCAGAGUAAGCAAUCUUCGAUUUCCUCUUUUAUCUUUCCGUAGGCUUUGUGGCUGACAAACUUGGGUCAUAUAGUGGCGCGUUCUACAUGGCGGGUAGUGUUGUGAUGUUUGGAGCAAUGAUACCAUUCGCUUUGCUUCUUACUAAACGAAGAGUAACUCGAAAAAACACUGACCCCGCAGAUGACAUGCCGGGCUUGGAGAGCAUGGUUGAGACUUCAAACACCGAAGAAGCCUCCCGAGGGCCUCAUAGUAGCAAUGUCACAGAUCAUUUGAUUACGACCUUUCCUGGAACAGUCAAAGACGAUAGCGAAAGCGGAAAUGCAAGACCAAGAGCCUUUAACCGUAAAGAGUCUCUCCGAAGCUAUGCUCAUUCACCAACGGACGAUGCUUUAGAGUUAUUGGUUGAUAGCGACAAAGAAACCGAGCAGUCUGGUGUAAAGGCGAGGAAAUCUAGCCUUACAAAGAGGAAAGAAAGCGUUAAUAGCCCAAAUCGUGAUCGCACAGCUAGUGUCAAAAGCUAUGCUCGUUCUUUUACGGAUGAUAACCUGGAUGGUGUCAGCGACAGCAGCUGGAGGUCUAGUCGCAAUGGGAGUUUCUUGAGUUUUGUUGGUCGUAAAGGAAGCUCCAGGAGCUUUACUCAUUCCCUUCUAACUGAGGAGGACUUCCCACCUGACGACGAAAGCGACAGCAAACGGCAGUCUGGUGCAAAGGAACGGCGGUCAAGUGGCAAGGGGAGUUUCAAGGGUAAAACGAGGAGCAGCAGCUCGUUGGUCGAAAGAGUUGUGAAUGAAUCCUCUGCAAUAAACGACGGAGCAAUGCUCACUGACAAAGACAACCUUCAGCAAGCUGUAAUCACAAAGGAAAAUCCGGAUGAGUCAGAUUGAUAAUUUCACAGGCAUCAAUGCCAGAACUACGAUAAUAAAAAUAGAUUUCCCGGAAUUCUUUUGUGCAAGGAAUUUUGCUUCGACAUUAUUUUCGAUACUGGGAGCCCCGUAACUAUAUCUGAUAUCAGUUUGAUGAUUGUGUGAUAAAAAUUCAGUAACUUGAUCGAGACUCAAGGCCAUAGGCUUAAAUCUUUAAGUCCCAAGAGUGGCCAACGUCAAUGUUUUCCUAGUAAUAUCAAUAUAUAAUGACGAGGAAUGGUUAUGAGAGUUCAUAAAAGGAUCAUCUAAAAGGGAAGUGCUUUUUUUAUGAGACUCUUUCAUCUUAUGCUUGAAGGCAGAUGCGGAUCCAGGGGAGGGUCCCGGGGGACCCGUCCCCCCUUAUUUCUAGACCAAACUGAGGCCCCCCCCUUAUCUAAGGGUCUGGAUGACCGGCAACCCCCUUAUCUCAAGGUCUGAAUCCGCCACUGUAAGGUAGUGUAUUGAGACUUGUCUGUGGAACUGGGUCUUAAAGGGUUACUUCAGGUUUCACUGGGGUAAAUUAAUCUUUACAACUCUUUCGAAAUUAAGAACAGUUGUUUGUUUAUUUUACCUGUGAAACAUAAGCCUCUUGCCUUUGGGACUUUGAUUUCUUUUUAGAAUUAAUUUACGGAUGACAAUUUGGAUAUAAGAGGAAAUGAUCACUAUGAUCUCUCAGAGAUUUAGUUUUUGGUUACUUAUCUAAUGCAGCUGUCUAUUCCUCGCCAUGAGCGAAAAUUAUGUCGAAGCCUGAAGAAUAAAAACACCUUAAAUUUUGGCUGAAAAUUACAAGAUCCACACUGUUGCUAAAUUUCAGCUUAAUUUGUCGCUAAACUGGCAGGGGCUCUGCUGAUGUUUCCCGUCGGUUUACCCUAUCUGGCUGACGGAGAUCUUUUUGGUCUGUCACAGUAAUGCUAAGAAUGUCUGAGGUUUGACUUGUGUGUGCCUACAUAUAUAAGCUACUGUCUGUGAAGGCCAGUUGUUCAAAUCGCUGUAACUUCGCGAUGUAAGGUCGGAGGGUAUUGAUUUUUUGCACAGAUGUUGUACUUGUCUAAAGCUUUGUGACUACGAAAGAAGGUGUCAUAAAAACAAUUAGGACGCAUUAAUUAUGCACUUAGAAAUUUAGCCAUAAAUUAGAAACUUUAUACCUAAAUGAGAAAGAAAUCAUGCUCUUUACAGAAAAAGUAUUGAAAUUAAUUGUGGUUGGUGGCCACGGUUAAGGAGUUACUGUGUGUCACAAAUAUGAUAUCUUAAUAGGAGCCUUACCUCCGGCCUUUUUACCAACGUUAAUUGUGCUUACAUGUCGAAUAAAUUAGAUAAGACUGGGUAUUUAUUAUAUUUGCGCAGCACAACUGUCCUGUUCAAAAAUAAUAGUGCGUGGUGUGCAGGUCAUGCACGAGGACUCAAGAAUGCGGCGGAGCAGUUAAAAAUAACCCUUAGAGGUAGUGAUACUUAGUUGCAGUGACAACUUUCUCCAUGUAGUUAAAGUAGAACUGGAAAAUUAAGCUUCACCGAGUUAACAAUACCCGCGUUUACUGAGUGUGUAAUUAGAACAAUUUACAACAUAUAUACCAGAUUAUCUACUUGACAAAAUAAUGGAAUCCAUGCCGAUAAAACCGUUAAUUCUUCUAUGACAACCAAGGCCAAAAGAACAAAUAUUAAUGAAGAACUUCCAAAAUGGGUAGAAAUAGGAUGUGUAAGGAAAGCAAUGCCUCUUUGAUCACAAAUACAGCGAAAACAUGUUGUCACACGAUGGCAGUUCUUUUGUGGCAAAAAACAGCGCACUUCAUGACAAUUACACCAGUGUCAAAAAGUUUUCCCUUAAGUAAAAAGGUCUUUUUAAUGCUUGAAAAUCAACAAAAAGGUUCUAUAUACUACGGAAAAUGCUUGAAAGCACCGUAAACGCUUGAAAUAAACGAUUAACAGGCACGCAUAUGUUUAUUCCAACGGUUAACAACGGUUAACAGCGGUUAACAGAACAUAUUAAAGGAAACUGAUAGUCUAACUGUUGUUUUUCUUCAGAAAAGUUGUUAACCGUUGUUAACCGUCGUUAACCAAUGUUUCUUUCCUCUGCGGUACUUUAUUCGUUAAGUUAACCGUCUGCGAGAAAACUACUCCGUUUUUGUUGCAUAGCAAGCUCAUCGAAGCACCUUACACAUCAAGGGAUUUCCCGUUAUUGUUCCCGCGGGAUCUGCGUGGAGAAAUGAGAGAUCCAUCAUACCACAUUCCCGUUCGUACACAAUUCCACAUUUGCUGUAACUGAGGCCAUGUUGUCCUAUUAAGUGUAGGAUCUUUGCACUACACUUGGCGAACGACGUAAUCACUGCUAAGGCAAAUUACUCGCGGGAUGGAAAAAUGAGCCAAAUUCGCGUGACUGUAAGUGACCAGAUAAGCGCACUAACCUUCCUCUCACCUAGUGAUUCAUGCGAUAUUUCCGAGCCUCCUGAAAAUGAUUCGUCACUAUCGGAAGUUCUCGAGAGAUCCAUUUUGUCUGGCGAUUACAUAUCAAUGUCAUCAUUUGAGCAGGCAAAGCGUCUACGGACACGUAAGCCGUUGAAAGUCAUGCCCAUGGUAACGUCACAGAGUAAAUGUCAUUUGACAGAUCAUGUAAUCAGAGUGUUAUAACUUCAAUUUUUACUGCUAAAAUUUUAUUUCGCAUUCAAAAGAAAAAAAAAAGUAUGCUGAAACAAUGGCUUUUAUCGAUUUGACCAAAAGAGAGGACUAUAACUUGAGGUAAUUGCUAUGAAAGUUAAAGAAUACCGAAAACAGUCCGCAGACAACCCCGGACAAAACCUGUUGAGACAAAUCGCGAAAAUGCCUAUUUUUUCCUGUCAUCCCGGCAAAAACUGAAACCGCCGCCAAAUGAAUGCCCGAUUUCCCCCCUCCCCUUAUCCAAAGUUGUUUAGGAUAGCAUGGCAAUUAUACACGUUGGUUUUUAGACCAAGGCAACUUUGAAUAGGGGGUGGGGAGGGGGUUUACUUUUUGUGUUUAGGGGAGACGGGAGUAGGGCGCAAAAGUUAGAAAAUAGAUGGAAUUGUCUCAACAGUUUUGUCCGGGGUUGUAGCCUUAAAAGACAACUAAGAUUUCUCAGGCUAUGCCACCAAGUCGUACAGUGGCGGCACGAAGAUAUCAGCUCUGUACAAUACUCUAAAAUUCGAAUGUACAUAAAGUUUAUGUAUGUAUGUGUGUAAAGUAAUGUACCGUGGUUCUUGUGAGCCAUUUAGCCCCGUCUUUUAGUCAGGGUCACGCAUUUACCACUCACUAUCAAGUGAAUCUUGCUGAUUAUUUUUCAUUCACCAAAUUUCGCCGUUCCUGAUUGGUCUAAUCCCCCGUCUAAUUGUUCAUAGCCAACUAGCGCUGACCAAAUUUGGAGGUUGCCGGCAAUGUCUAAUCAUUGGUGUCAGUCACUCUGUCGGCAAUGACAUGUAUAUUGCCAAUAUAAGACGUCGUACAAGAUAGCGGCGCUGCAGCUUAGCUGUUUUUGUAUUAGUGACGAGCUCAACUCAACUCAAGUACACUACACUAGCUACGCUACGCUGCUACUACUAGUACCACUACACUACGCUACGCUACUGUAAUGGCACUAUACUACACUACACUGCGAGUGCUUUCAUAGCCUACCAUAACAGGCGCUUUUUGAUUCGCGCUUGUAUCGCGCUUCGCGCAAAAUGCCGCCCUCGCCUCGUUUGGCUCGUAAAGCGCCUGUUAUGCAGGCUAGUGCCUAUUGUAAACUCUGAAACGUCUGCGGGAGUCGGACAAUCAGGAUGAGGGACGCGGUCGCGAUCGCCUUCAUGAAUAGAACUAGAACACCUCUAUAAAGACUGGUUUUUAAAUAACUUUCAAGAGGGUCUCGUGCUUCCCAAUAGUUGCAAAAAAUCGAGGCAAUCCGGAACAUUCAGGUGGUUUCCAUAUAUUCAGCUUAUUUAUAGAUUUCAGUUCUAUGCAGACGGUUGCGUUAAUUUUUACCGAAUCGUUAAUCAAAAUCCCGGUUCUCCUUGUAUCAGUGCUGAUGAUGAUUUUGAAAUGACUCGGGAGAUCGAGGCAAUCCGCUGAACGAUUGUGGAAAGUAUAGUCUUAAGUGAAUUGGCCACCAAGUAGUUAAAAAAGCUUCAAAACUGAGUUUUUAAUCGCGGUGCCUUUUGUCACGUGAGCGAAUCACCAAAAAUAUGUAUUCUCGGCUCUGGACGAAAUAAAAUUUUAUUUCCAUCGUUUUUAAAUAUUAGUACAAUGAAUGAACAUCAAUAUCCUGAAAGCUAAAAAACUUUUUAGCCUUGAUUAUCUCGUGUUUCUUAACUGUAGGGCGCGACAUUCUUUUCUCCUGAAACCAAUUAUUCAGUCAAUGUAAUCACUUGGUGCAUUGUCACCGCACAACCGUUUUGGAUCACUGGAUAUACGAUGCGUUUAGAAUAAUUUCAUACUUCAUUUUCCGCAACAUAACUCACGAUUUAGGCUUAUAAAACCUUGACGGUCACAAGAAAUAACUCGCAAUGUUAGUUUCAAUAACUCGCGACCAGCACCAGGAGUGUAAUUCGUGAUAUAUUAGCUUUCAGCCUGCAAACGGGUAAGUAUAGGCUUCAUGCACUGCAAAAGAGACAAAAAAAGAGUCGUCUUGUCCGAUUUAUUUUACAUUCGUGUAGCUUUCCCAAGUAACGGCGUUUGUGAUACCUAAGGCCCCAACAAAUUAUCGCUAACUAAUAUCAGCGAGAUAUUAAUAUUAACUAUUUGCACAUAAAAAACUUACAAAAGAACUGUGUAGAAGACUUAGAUGCAUAAUAAUCACUAAACCAUAAAAUGUUAGCAUCUGUAUGCAACUGUUUCAAAUGUGACGAGUGGAGAGUGUUUACUGACGUUAGGGACUAAACGACUGUGACCUUUGAAUUUUGAAUCUCUAACUUGCUCCUUCGUUUGCUAGCCAAUAUUAAGGGGUCUUACAUGAUUAAAAGUUAAAAGCACGCGGAGUAAUGUCCUAUUUUCUACGUGCAAGCUGACACGUUUUGUUUACUUGUUUUUUUUGCUCUACGUACAAAGUAACAUCAAAAAGAUCGUUUUAGCUUGGAAAUGUUAGGACUCGGUCAGAAGUUUCAAGUUAUCUGCCGAACACGACUCACGUUGCCACACGAAUAGCGGGUCCGAGUCGUUCCUUGCGGUUACCUCAUAUGCACAUAAAUGGACUGAAUAAGCACUUAUCAUGCAAAUAACACUGAACAAAGCUGGCCUCAUUUUAUACAUUUGCAAUGAUAUACAGGUUCAGUUUAAUUUUUAUUUUUAGCACUGAUAAAAAACACAGUUUUGCCUGACUAUGCUACUUUGUCCUCAAGGAAUUUUGCGAUGUAAAAAAAAAAAAAAAAAACAGCAACAACUUCAUAUAGAUAGAAUAGAACGGAAAGAAAACUAUCUACUGAUGAAAAUCAGCUUGAAAGCAACGCCAGAAAUUGUUUAAUUAUAAACAGACGAAUAAAAUACUCACAAGACUGAAUCAUCGUCUUUCCUGUUUUCCACUUAACCGUUUUGAAAUUUGACCAAUCAGCAUAAUUUAGACAGGCCAAAGCAAUUGGGCACCCAACAAACCCGACUUCAAACUUUCGCUUGUAAAAAUUUUUACUUUAAAUGAAAAUUUGCAUGGAAUUCAGUUAUUUUGAGGUAGAUAUGAUGAAAAGUAAAGGUUUGCCGGAAGACUUUUUGUAUAUGACACUUAGUUGCUAAGGAAGAUCUAGCGUUUGGUCAAGCGAAUAAGUGAAAUAAAAAUCUCAAUGAAAAGGCUAGCUCAUCCUUGGUGUAAGAACCCGUUAAACCCACCGAUGACGUAAAACAAUGAAAACAAAGAAGUCAACACAAUAGAACCUAGAAAAACAUGAGGGUGCAAAACAAAAACAAAAAGUUCACAACUUCUUACACCGAGGUAAACCCAAUGAAGAGGAAAAAAGAUAAAGAACACUUUUAGGUGGAUCGCGUCCGUAUUGUGAACGUUCUCACUUGCCCACUGUUUGUUGUUUUAAUAUAUAUGCUAGCACUUGCCGCUUAGUCUAAAUUAGUUGAUUUAAGCCUCUAAAAUUCUUGCAUCGGGAUACACUUUUCUUCACUUACCAUCAACAGUAGCAUAAUACACUGCCGGCUGGAAAGUUAACGUCCUGAAAGCCCAGCACGAAGACAUGUCGAAGCUUUGUGUAUCAAAAGUGGCCCAUUCUCAGGAUGGUCACUGGUCUUGGCUCGUCUGUUUUGCUGCCACAAUGUCUUGGAUGGCUGCAAUGGGCUUUGUCUUCAGUUUUGGGAUUUUCUUUCCAGUCUUCAUGGAAUUCUUUGGAGAAGAUCGAGAACGCGUUGGUAGGUUAUGAAAUGCAUUAGUUUAUUACCCCCUGUUUUAUUUUGUUUCGCUCGUUAUCACAUAACAGACCCCACAUGAGCAUAAUUUGAUUUAAAUACAGCCUUUCACAGGCUUUCAAGCCGCUUAGUCUAGCUGGUUUUUACCAAAUUUAUGAAAAGCAUACGUACAUUCACCUAGUUUCUUUUAAGUUUUGGUCGAUACUGAGCCGGCUUUCGGGCUGGUCUUGGAACUUAUAAUAUUCGGUACGUCCAACAAAAUCGUCAAUUCUUGCCCUACUUUUGAGGGAUGCUCAAGGUUUGUGUUGUUCGUUCUCCUGGUUUCAGAGCCAACAUUCAACGUUGGUAAAACAGAUGGAAAAAAACUGCACAUUUUUACGUUCUAAAUGUGUUGUUUUCUUUUAUUUUACAGUUAGUGUUUCCCAGGCUUAGUAUAAAAACAUGACUCUGAAUAUGUUAUCAUUGAGUCAGACAUUGAUAAGGACGGUAUAGUUUGGAUGUCCUCUGGGAAUCAAACUUUCACGGAACUGAGAUGCUUCAUGUGCAAGAAAACGUCGCCCUGAAAUAGCGCACGAAAAGUCAGAUUUAAGUUAAAGCUAAUCAAAUGGUUUGUGUUGUCACACGCUAUUAGUUUUCAGUCCAUUAAAAUUUAAUUUGUGUGGUGAGUUCAUUCAUGCAUGAGUCUGGUACAAGGUCAAUAUUUUUUUUUCACCACAAAGUCUCGUUUUCAAAAUAUAAAGUUGCAACGUUUUACAUAAAUGAAUUCCCAAUGCAAUCCAGUUGAAAAGAAUACCCACGCACAAAUAGUGCAGAUGAGAAGAAUUUUGCUUACAAACGAGGCUUGGUGACGUAAUCACGCAUAGGCCAUUGACUUUUGGACUUUGCUUUACUUCGUCUCCUUUUGGUUUUAAACCCUCAACCCGAUAUAAAAUGUACUCUCCCCUGGACUUCUAGUCUUGUAGAAAACGUUGUACGCAUUGGGUAUUUUAAUUUGUUAAAACAAGAUAGAAUAAGUAAGAUGUAGAUUUUUAUCAAAGAGCUGACUUAUUUCAACCACCUGCCUUCACGUCUUUUCUUAAUUGAUAAAGAUAAGCCAGGAAAUACACACACUGGUGGUCAUUUUGUUUUAGUCCAGUCAUAGCCCUAUAAGUAAGAUUAUAAACUUACUUGCUUGAAUUUUGAAAUACAGCACUUGGAACCCCGCCUUACGCCCGCCUCCGCUAAUACGGUCACCUCGUUAUUACGGGUACUAUUUUUUGGCCGCCCGGCUAAACGAUCAUACAUUUUCUUUUAAAAAAAAAACUGAAAAAAGCCUAGUUAAUACGGUAACCCGUUAAUACGGCCAAAUUUUUUUGGCCCAUUGGUGACCGUAUUAACGGGGUUCCACUGUACAGUUAGUUAAAGUAAGACCAAAGGCAAGUUAAAUUACCCCUCACUGGGUUUUCACUUCUAAAUAUUAAAACGCUCUUUUUCAAUUCACUUUCCUUUAGCUUGGGUCGGUUCUCUUUCCAUCGCUAUAGUCUUCUUUAUUGGUCCUGUCUCUGGAUUCGUGGUCAGAAAGUUUGGCUGCCGCUUAACCAGUCUACUCGGAGGGUUAAUCUGCGCAUCAAGCCUGGCCUUUGCUUCAUUGUCCAGUAGCCUCUUAGCGUUGUAUCUUUCCUACAGCCUUCCAUUUGGUAUCGGAACCAGUUUCAUUUUCAACGGAAGUUUGGUUAUAGUGAGUAACUAUUUUGAAAAGCGGCGAUCUCUGGCUCUUGGUUUCACAACAGCUGGUCUUGGUCUUGGAGUUCUUGUUCAAGGGCCACUUUUGCAGCAGCUGAUAGACAAAUACGGCUGGAUAACAACUUAUAGAAUCAUGUCUGGAGUAUUAUUCGGUGUCUGUUUACUUGGACUGACUUAUGAUCCUAAUGUUAACCCUGAAGGAGAGAGAGAUACCCAAGAGAACGUCGAUCAGUUGUCCUCAUCUGCUAACAAUAGCAACAAUAUUCAAUCAAAUCCAAGAAAAUCACGCAUAGGGAAAAUAAUCCCGGAUGUGUCAGUUUGGAAGGUCCCUGCUUUCGUGGCUAUAACGUUGUCUUCUGGUGUUGCUCAGUUUGGACAUUAUGUGCCACAAAUUCACCUGGUAUGUUGUAAGGUUUUCCCUAUGUGAGAAGGCUUUAUAGUUAGAGAGAGGACUGACAAAGACAAGGCGAGAAAGCGUUGGCAGACGAGAAACCUCCCGAGAAGUAUUUCCUCUUAUCCCCAGUCGGAAAGCAAUCAAGCAGUCAAUAUUUGAUAUAAGCAAGAACCAUUCCCAGUUAUGAUGGUUAUGUUGGGACUGUAGAGGGGGAAAGAAGGAACGAGGACGGUAUUCGGUUUCGCAAUAGAUAAGUUUCGUUGGUGCCUAAAGCGGAGGGGAUUUGCAUAAAUAUGAUUUGCAUUCUGUUCAUCCAUUAUUCGUUUAUGUUUUGAAGCAAAGGGCAAUUUCGAGGAGAGAGGUCAAUUAUAAAUUAUCAGUUGACUAAGAUACAAAAUGAGCGGACAAAGACGAAAAAGAAAUAGGUUACUGAAUUUAAGGAGGCGGAGAUUGGAGUAGUAUCAUCUUUUGCAUAACUGUGACGCUUGAUGAACAUCCGGCAUGAAAUUUGCGAUUUGAAACUUUCAAUCAGUUCCAUAUUAAAACACACUGACAAUAUUCAUGAAAUCAGUUUUGACACAAAACGAAGUUUAAACUGAACUUAUCACAUCAUAUAAAAGUACCUGGUGUUUGUCCAUAGAUCAGUCUAAAUGCUAGAGCUGUAACAAAACAACUUAUCUUGGUAACCUGCUAUGAAUGAUAGAUAAAAAAAGAAAGAAAUAAAGAAAGUAAACUGAGAAAAGAGAAAGGUUUUUGUAAGGAGUCUGCCCCGUAAGAUAGUAUAAGUAGACUAUCAACAUACUAUUAUUAACUUUUUAUAUAAUUAUUUAGGUCCAGUUUUGUGGAGACCUUGGCAUAACUGCCGACAAGGCGUCCAGGCUGUAUGUGUAUUACGGACUAACAUCAGCCAUUGCACGUAUUCCAGUAGGCCGCAUAUGUGACGUUAGAGGAAUGAAUCCAUUCUACUUGUAUCAAUCAGCAGAGUUUGUCGUCGGUUUGUCUACUAUACUUGUUACCCUGGCAAGUGAUUACACAACUCUGAUCGUUUUUACAGUGAUAUAUGGACUUUGCGAUGGGGUUUUUAUCACGACCUUGAAUAUAAUUUUAAUGUCAAGCGUUGAAGGAACCAAGAGGCCCGCAGCCCUUGGUUGGCAGAUGCAAGUGGCCUCAAUAUUUCUGGCCAGCGGUCCACCAGUGGCAGGUAUGCUUUCUAUUAAUUAUUUAAGACAGGUAUCAUUACGAUGCGUUCAGUUUAAAUAACCAAUUCGGUCUAAUACCUCUUGCUUUGGGCGAGAUAAAAAUAUAAUAAAAAUGCAGUAACACAGGAGGAAGAGAUCGAAUAAGUUCCUCGCCCUCUUUUGCGGCUACCACACGAACCAUUAAGAGAAAGGACCGGAUAAGCACAGUUGGGUAAUUAGUGCAAGGCCUUUUGUGCCAGAGAUUCCCAGUUUCUUUCUCAUGUGUGGCCUCAGAUCCUUAUUUCGGAUUCUUUCCUCUCCGCGUAGCUUUAAGUAGCUUUAACCACCCUUUUAACGAUUACGGAUGCAAAUAGGGGCCAAAAUAAGAGCACUGUCGGCCUUUGGUUAGUAGUCAAAUGAUCACUAUAUCGAGCUACCGGCAUAAAAUAAGGACCCCUUUACCUUUAUCAUAACUCCGAGUUUCUUGUGUUAUCCUUUUCUAGCAGGGACCAAUCUAAAAUAUAAUGUUGUUUGUCCUUGUUAUUUUGUUUCUUCAGGCUUGAUGGCUGACAAACUUGGCUCCUAUGAUGGUGCCUUCUACAUGGCUGGAAGUGUUGUCAUUUUUGCAGCAGGCAUACCAUUCCUUUUGCUUUUUACCAAAAGAAGAACAGCUGAUCGACGUUUGGCAGUCGAGGGUGGCCUCCAGCAAUGCUUGGAAAACACGGCAGCAAACUUAGAGGCUAAGGAAGGCGCUUCAGAGUCAUCCAGUUAUGACGUCAAUAAGUCGGCAGUGAUAAAGCGGUCACCUAUCAUAAAUAAAUCAAAAUUGUCUUGUACAAAAGCGAACGGAAAAGGUGGAUUAAGCCGAAAAUAUAGUUCCAGUGGUGAUUGCAGAGCUUAUGCACUAAAUCUACAAGACUCUCUACCGCAAGCGUCCCAGCUUGCAUCAAAUGGGUUUGUAAACAAAUCGUUUACUAUGAGCGAUGAAGUGAUCUCCCGCGAAAUAGAAAUACUAAAAUUGGAGAAAGACCUCCAGGCUGAAAUUGAUGUUAGAGUGCCACAAUUCGCAAGAGAGGACGAAAAAGAAACG